AUGGAGCAAUCAGCUCAGAACCCUAUGCAGGGGUUACCUCAUGGGAAUUCCUCACUACCUACAGAUUACUGGAGCACGCUUGAUCCCGCCUAUCCUGAUCCCGAACAGCAGCUUCAGCAGCCAUCUCAACAGCAACAUGAUUCUGCAUCGCAACCAACACCUCUUGGCAUCGGAUGGGACCAUCCUGUUUUUCAACAGCAACAGAGAGAGCUAGCCCCACGACCGGAACCUAACCAUGGCAUCUACUCGUCAGUGCAUCAACCAUGGCAGCAAACAAAUCCUCUGCAACAGCCACCGCAACGAGGAUAUGGAGCUUCGCCCCAGUAUCAAAUACAUCCACAAGCUGCCCAAUUCCAGCAAGGGCAGAUGUCCUUUGACUCUCGUCCUUUGAGUGCCUCCGAAUCUUCGGCAUUUCCGUCAUUUUCAUACCAGCCAAAUUACUUCCAUCCACAACACCCGCACAUCUCAGUGCCAGACACUUUCCCCGAAGCACCUACGCAGCAGAGGAUACAGCCACCAUCACAGCAACAGCCUCAGCCAUCAAUUUCUUCAUACCCUUUACCUCAAGGCUACUCCUCAGAAAUGCUGCAAAACACCAUUGAUUUGACCAACGAUUACCCGGAUUCAGACCCAAGUGUCACCAUUAACCCCCAGUUCCUUAAUUCCACCCCGCAGGCAUUCAAUCAACAGCAGUCUUCGUUGGCAAACAACUUUCUUCAGGGAAUCCCUGCGGACUUCCAACGACAAGGGAGUGAACAGGCCAGGCUGUUCAAUUACUACCAACAUGAUCUUUCAGUUCAGUCGCAAAUGGCACCAACUGGCAACCAGGUGCCUCCCCCUAGAGGAUUACCAGUACCGCAGGUUGUAAUCACCAACAAGAAGGAAGCUCAUAACAAGCAGCAAAUGAAGAUAACUUCUGCACAUGGCCAACCGAGAACUGUGUCUAAAUCAGAAAGUGAAAGUUCGGAUGAAUCCGAUCUUGAGAUCGAAGCACCCGACGAGCCGUCGCCUAUCCCUCCGAUCCGUCCGACUGAGCCCGAGGCUGCAGCCCAAUACGAUACCCUCCAAGCUGUAUGGUCACCAAGGAACAAAUGGCCUGGUCCUGAGAAGGUCAAGAAUGCGCUUGUAGCCUACAAAGAACUUGUCAAAUCAUUGAGAGAUGCAUGGAAGGAACAAGUUCAGGCGAUGAAACUAGCAGAAAACCAAGACGACAACCAAAAAGCAACCAAGCUUAAAGAAAGGGUCAUUCUGCAACGUCGAACUAUGGACAAAAUUGCGACCACAACACUGGAAAUGGGUCAUCCCAAUAUUGUUGACAAGCUGGGAGAGCACCCUAUGGUGGUGGCAGCUCUAUAUUCCUUCUUGGUCGACCGGUUCCAGGCAGCAGACUUUGCUGGGACUCUGACUAUUAAUUUGCUUGAGGUAGGUUUGAUGUUUAUCCUUGUGUCGAAUCAAUUGACUAACAUGGAACAAGCUCUUCUCGCGUUUCUCGACUUUAACAGAAGACAUGCUGCAAAAGACCAAUCUUUCCAAGUUGCUGCCCAAGUUGCUCAAAAAGGUAGCCAGCAGGCUAAGGACCUCACACAAAAGAUCUUGGACAAUGCUGCGGCCUCUACGAAGCGUAAACAAGAGAGUGAAAAGCCCACCAAAGAAGAGAAUCCAAAGGGCCCUUUAACGGAUCAGCCUAAGGGAGACGCUGGAGCGAAGCGCCCCCGCGAGGCGGAUAACAAUAUGCAACCUGGCGCAAAACGAAUGGCAGUUGCCAACACCUUGAAGGAUGCGAAUAAACUUGCACCAGGAAAUGGACCGGCUAAAGGAGCGCAGAGUAGUAAACCAACCGGUGCUGCAGUGCCGCGCCCUAAACCCAAUAUCAUCGCUCCCAAACCAACAAGUCUCUUUGGCACUUUAAGCUCGGCGUCGAAGAGACCCGGGACUACAAAUGCGGAUAGGGCUGCUGCCGCGGCUGCAGCAAAGCCGCCACCUGCUGCUCCUGAAAAGGAAAAGACACCAGCCCCGAAACCAGCUUUCUCUUUUGGUGACAUUAUGGCCGACUUGAACAAGCCAAAGCAGGCACCAACUCCCAAGCCUGCCGAAGACCAGCCCCCGGAGACUGAAGCUGAGCGCACAAAGAGGUUGCAUAAAGAAGAGCGCCGUAAACUUCGCGUGACCUGGAAGCCAGAUGAUGUUCUUACUGAGAUACGACUAUUCACCCACGAUCCCGAUGAAGAAUUAGGUCCCGGCGACGGGUCCUUGCGUUCUCGGGGAGACGUUAAAGGUGAAGGUAGUGUUCUUAAGCUUCACAAAGAUUUGGAUGAACUGGAAGAAGAGGACCUUGGUGGUAUUCGCGAAACUGUAUUCCAAGAUGGUUAUACUAUUUCGACGAUCGAUUUCGAUUUCGAGGAAUCAAAAGACGGUAGUUUCGUCAAACGCGGCGGCCCCCAGCUGCCAACAAGCCCCGAGAGAGAAGCUCAAGAGCAUCGGGAAUCUACUACCCUGAUGGUAUUCUAUACUUCUCCUGCCGACAUGCCUGAUACACCCAAGGAGCCACCGACUCCUGAUCCCGACGAGAUUGUUACCGAGGUAUUGCCUUUCGGAGACUUGCCCGAUAUGGUCAAGGUCCGCCAGGAACGUUAUUACUCCUACAUGAACCCCAAGCCUGCGACUCCCCAGCAAACUCAGCAACCGCAGCAACCUACUCCCGGAGAGAGUGGAUUUGACAUUUCCAAUUUGCUCAAGAUCAUUCAGGGUGUGCCUGGACAGGCGCAGCCAAUCCCACCGCCGCAGGCAACCCAACCCGGCGUCAUGCCGGAUCUCGAGAGGACUAUCAACUUGUUCCGUCAGCAACAACCUCAAUCUCAGGUCGCCCCGGCUCCACCAGUACCCACUCCUCAGCCUCAAGGCCUUGACUUCAAUACGAUCCUGAAUGUCAUGAAACAAAUGCAGGCGCCACCUGCAUACUCCCAGCCUCAGCAAACACAAUCAGCAAUGGCACCCAACCUCGGCGCCAUGUUCGCCCAAUUCGGUGGGCAGAAUCAGCAAGCUGGUGCUCUCCCAUUCCAACAGCACGGCCAUGAAUAUGAAGACCCAGAGCGCAAGCGAGGCCGCGAGGGUUAUUAUGACGACCAAUCUAACUCCGAUUCGUGGAGCCGCUCGAAGCGGACAAGAGUUGGUGCCAACGAGACUAAGCCUUAUAAGGUGGGACUCGUUGCCUGCAGAUUCUGGGCUGAGGGCAAAUGUCGCAAAGGCGACAAUUGCACUUUCCGCCACGAUCCUCUCUAAAUCAACACCAUGUAUCGCCACAUGCUUCCUUUUCGACAGAUACCCUUGUACUGCUGUUUUCUACAUUGGUACAAUCUUCCUUUCUCCCAUCUAUGCAUUACUACGUUAUUCUAUGG